AUGCCGUUUGGGUGCGUGACUCUGGGUGACAAGAAGAACUAUAACCAGCCAUCGGAGGUGACUGACAGAUAUGAUUUGGGGCAGGUCAUCAAGACUGAGGAGUUCUGUGAAAUCUUCCGGGCCAAGGACAAGACAACAGGCAAGCUGCAUACCUGCAAGAAGUUUCAGAAGCGGGAUGGCCGCAAGGUGCGGAAGGCGGCUAAGAAUGAGAUUGGCAUCCUCAAGAUGGUAAAGCACCCUAACAUCCUGCAACUGGUAGAUGUGUUUGUGACCCGCAAGGAAUACUUCAUCUUCCUGGAGCUGGCCACGGGGAGGGAGGUGUUUGACUGGAUCCUGGACCAGGGCUACUACUCGGAGCGAGACACGAGCAACGUGGUGCGGCAGGUCUUGGAGGCUGUGGCCUACUUGCACUCACUCAAGAUUGUGCAUAGGAACCUCAAGCUGGAAAACCUAGUGUACUACAACAGGCUGAAGAACUCUAAGAUUGUCAUCAGUGACUUCCACCUGGCUAAGCUAGAGAAUGGCCUCAUCAAGGAGCCCUGUGGGACCCCGGAGUAUCUGGCGCCAGAAGUGGUAGGACGGCAGCGGUAUGGACGCCCUGUGGACUGUUGGGCCAUUGGCGUCAUCAUGUACAUCCUCCUUUCAGGCAACCCACCCUUCUAUGAGGAGGUAGAAGAAGACGACUAUGAGAACCAUGACAAGAAUCUCUUCCGCAAGAUCCUGGCUGGUGACUAUGAGUUUGACUCUCCAUACUGGGACGAUAUUUCUCAGGCAGCCAAAGACCUGGUCACAAGGCUGAUGGAGGUGGAGCAAGACCAGCGGAUCACUGCAGAAGAGGCCAUCUCCCACGAAUGGAUUUCUGGUAACGCCGCUUCUGAUAAGAACAUCAAGGAUGGUGUCUGUGCCCAGAUUGAAAAGAACUUUGCCAGAGCCAAGUGGAAGAAGGCUGUCCGAGUGACCACUCUCAUGAAACGGCUCCGGGCACCAGAGCAGUCUGGCACAGCUGCAGCCCAGUCUGCUUCAGACACUGCCACUCCUGGGGCUGCCGGUGGGGCCCUUGCAGCAGCUGCAGCUGCAGCUUCUGGGGGUAGUGCUCCUGCAGCCACAGAGGGCCAUGCCGGGUGUGCUGCCAAGAGCGAUAAUAUAGCCUCUGUAGAUCGUAGUGCUACCCCAGCCACAGAUGGCAGCGCUACCCCAGCCACAGAUGGCAGCGUCACCCCGGCCACUGAUGGGAGCAUCACCCCAGCUACUGACGGGAGUGUCACUCCAGCUACUGACAGGAGUGCUACACCAGCUACCGAUGGGAGAGCUACACCAGCUACAGAAGAGAGCACAGUGCCCGCCACCCAAAGCGGUGCCGGGCCAGCUGCAAAGGCAGCUGCCACCCCUGAGCCGGCUGUGGCCCAGCCGGACAGCACAGCCCUAGAGGGUGCCACAGGCCAGGCUCCUCCCUCUAGUAAAGGAGAAGAGGCUACUGGCUGUGCCCAGGAGUCUCAGAGGGAGAAGACGAGCUGA